AUGGCGCCCAAGCAAGCGACCCUGGGCAAGUUCUUCGGCAAGGCCGACGGCUCCAAGCCAGCUCCCACACAACAGACUCGGCUGUCCUUCGCGACGAAGACGGCAGACAAGGCAAAAAAGUCAACCGCCGUCAAAGAAGAGGACGGUGGUUCCGACGAGGAGGUGACGGAAAACAAGGCGAAGGUGUCGAGCCAGGGCAGCCCGAGCAGCAACAGUGCAAAAGAAAACACAGAGCCAGUACAAGAUUCGAAAAAGCGCAGCCGAACAUUACAAUCCUCUAAAGCAUCUGCGAAGUCACCAAGUGAGAAGAUCAAGCAAGAAGAUGAAGCAGAGGACCUCGAAGAGGAGGAUGCUCCCGCGGUGAAACGAUCGCGAAAGGGGCGGAAAGUAAUUCAGGAUGACGACGAGGACGAGGUAAUGGAGGAUGCGCCCUCACCAAAACCAAAAACGAAAAAGGUGUCGAAGACAACCAAGGCAACAGCUGCAAUAUCGCGCAAGAAGGAGCCCAGUCCAAAACCUGAGCCGGCCGAGGAAGAUGAUAGCGCGGCGGCUGCAACAGAAUCCGCGUCAGAAGCAGAGCAAGAGGCCGAAGAAAGCGGAGAGGACGAGAAGCCCGAGGUUGUCGAGAAAGCACGCAAGACCGUGCAGACCAAGCUGACGAGCAAGACCAAGGAUCCAUAUCCUGAUUGGAAACCAGGCGAGCCUGUCCCUUACGCUGCGCUCUGCCAAACCUUCUCCCUCGUUGAGCUCACCAGCAAGAGAUUGGAGAUCAUGGCUCACUGCUCAUUAUUCUUGCGUCAAGUGUUACGGCUCACUCCCGACGACAUGCUGCCGACGGUGCUGUUGAUGAUCAACAAACUUGCGCCUGAUUAUGCAGGCAUUGAGCUGGGGAUCGGCGAGUCUCUGAUCAUGAAAGCCAUUGGGGAGAGCACAGGGCGCAGUCUUCAGGUCAUCAAGAAUGACCAAAAGGAGAUUGGUGAUCUGGGUCUGGUCGCGGUCAAGUCGAGGUCCACACAGCCAACCAUGUUCAAACCAAAGCCUUUAACGGUUCGUGGUGUCCACAAGGGCUUGAUGGGCAUCGCAACUGUCACCGGGAAUGGCGCACAGGGCCGGAAGGUCGACGGAAUCAAGAAAUUGCUGUCUGCGGCUGAUUCGCAAGGUACGGGCAAGGUUGACAUCACCAAGGACAAGGGCGGUCCAAGUGAGGCCAAGUACAUCAUUCGAUUUCUGGAAGGCAAACUGCGUCUAGGUCUUGCUGAGAAGACCGUGCUGGUGUCCCUUGCUCAGGCGAUGAUUUGCCAUGAGGCUGAGCAGAAGGGCAAGGUCCCCAGCACCACGGAGAUGGAGAAGGCGGAGGCAACGCUCAAGACUGUGUACAGUGAGCUACCAAGCUACGAUGUCAUCAUUCCAGCGAUGCUAGAACACGGCAUUUUGAAGCUUCGCGAGAAUUGCAAGCUGCGGCCUGGCGUGCCACUCAAGCCCAUGUUGGCAAAGCCCACCAAGGCUAUAACGGAGGUUCUGGAUCGGUUCGAGGGACAGAACUUCACCUGCGAAUACAAGUACGACGGCGAGCGUGCGCAGAUCCACUACGUCGCAAAGGACGCGAAUCAGGAGCUCAGCCAGGCCACGGCUGGCUCAGUGCAGGCAGUCGGUGAUGGCGUGGCAUCAAUCUUCUCGAGAAACUCAGAAGACUUGUCGAAGAAGUACCCCGACAUUCUCGCCAAGCUACAUACAUGGGUCAAGGAGGACACCAAGAGCUUUGUGCUUGACUGCGAGACCGUAGCCUGGGACACCGUCGAGAAGAAGGUCCUCCCGUUCCAGCAGCUGAUGACGCGGAAGAAGAAGGAUGUCAAGGUCGAGGACGUCAAGGUCAAGGUCUGCGUCUUCGCCUUCGACCUGCUGUAUCUCAACGGCGAAGCCAUCGUGGAGAAGUCGCUGCGGGAACGACGAGAACUGCUCAAGGAGGCAUUCGUCCCCGUUGAAGGCGAAUUCUCGUUCGCAGUCCACAUGAACGGCAAGGAGCUCGACGAGAUUCAACAAUUCCUGGACGAGAGUGUCAAGGCGUCCUGCGAAGGUCUGAUGGUGAAGAUGCUUGACGGCGAGGAGAGCGGAUACGAGCCCAGCAAGCGAAGUCGCAACUGGCUCAAGAUCAAGAAAGACUACCUCUCCGGCGUAGGCGACUCGCUCGAUCUCGUCGUCCUAGGCGCUUACUACGGCAAGGGCAAGCGCACGUCAGUAUACGGGGCGUUCCUACUGGCAUGCUACAGCCCAGCGACGGACACGUACGAAACGGUGUGCAACAUCGGAACGGGGUUCAGCGAGGCUGUGCUGGAGGAGCUGCACAAGGCGCUGUCCGAGAUCGUCAUUGACCGGCCCAAGCCCUUCUACUCGCACUCAUCCGGCGGGCAGCACCAGCCUGACGUCUGGUUCGAGCCCCGCUACGUGUGGGAGGUGCGCACCGCCGACCUGACCCUCAGCCCGCGCUACAAGGCUGGCAUUAAGGAGGGCGUCGACCCCGCCGGCGAGAAGGGCAUCUCGCUCCGCUUCCCGCGCUUCAUUAAGGUCCGCGACGACAAGAAGCCCGACGAGGCCACCAGCUCGCGGCAGGUCGCUGAGAUGUACCGAAAGCAGGAGAGCGUCACGAAGAAUAAGGGGCCCGCGGUGGAUGAUGAUUUUGAGUAUUAG